AUGACAUCAGCAGCUGAAGCAUGGGCGUCACGAUGGCCUCUCGCACCUCUGUCAGGCUACUUGCUGACGAUUGCCGUCAUCGUCGGAUUGAUCCUGCCCCGCAUUGCGAUCACCCGAAGCUCGGCGCUCUUCUUGCUCUUCGGUCUCGGCUCGCUCGGACUGACAUGGAGCCACAUGCUCUUGUACUUUCGCUGGUCAUUCGAGAACAGCGCACAGCAAGCGGAUGCAGCCUUGUCGACGUGGACUGCCGCUGAUUGGCUCAGUAAAACGUCACUCUUCAAGGAAGCCUGGUUUACCGUCUGUCGUCUGCCCGAGAGAUGGUGGUGGUCUGCGCAGCUCUGCACUUUCACGACAGGCACUUGGACACCUUUUCUCUGGGCAGAAUCGCAAAGGCGGCAGAUCAGGCACGCUUGGCUGUUCAUGCUCAUGGGCCAAAUGGUCGCCAUCUCCGUCGCAUCAUCACUCUUCUUCGCUGCCUGGUUGGCAGCAACGAGUACGACGAUACCUAUGAAAGAUACUCGCUUGCUCACACAGAUUUGCAUUCUCGCCGUGGCGAGCGUACUGUUUGUGCCCGGAACGAUCACGCCCAAAGGUGCACAGUCGAAUUUCUUGCCGGUGAUCUUGGGCAUGCAUGCGAUCAUUAUCUCGCCGCUUGUCUGGCGAGCACGCGAACCAUCGUCGCCGGCGAACGAGCAGCGGUUGAGGGGCACCUAUCUCGUCAGUGCUCUGAUGUCUGGCUUGAUCCAUCUGGUCAACUAUGUCGCCGUAUUUGAGCGUGUCACCGAUCAGCCUGAUCUGUUGGCUCGGACGGGUCGAGUGAUGCAGUUGCUGGAAGAGACUAUCUCCAUUCAUCCGGCGCAGAGCAGCAUCACCUGGGACACGAUUAUGACGAGCGCAGUUGCCUGCCUGUGGAUUCUCAUCGACGUGCGGAAACAGCCGCUGUCAUCUAUCCUAUCGGCGGUCGGUCUAGUGCUGGCGACACCUAUAGCCAGCGCAGGCGUGACGGUGCCACUUUACCUAGCGAUGCGCGAGCGACAGCUCGAUCUCGCCCGAGCACAACCGACAAAGACCAUCAAAAGCACCUGA